AUGGGGCUGUUUACUGGAGGACGGGGAGGCGGCGGCGGUGAUGCCGUCGGUCGGGGGGCGGUGUCGUCUCUGCCCAAUGUUGCCGACGCUCAGACCGUGGUUUUGAAGCAGACCAGGGGCGAAGGCCACGAGGAGGGUGCGUUGUCCCCCUCGUUGAUAGACCGCUCAAAAAGUCAGCAGCUUGUCAUAAGGAAGGGUGACGCUCGUGUAGGUUUUCUUGAUACCGAUGCCGUUGAUUGCAUACUGAGACGCUACGAGAAGGAAAUGACGGUUGCCGACCAGUUAAUGAAGAAGAAGCAGAGGAAACAGCAGGAGCAGAGCCUUUUUCACCUCUACGAUUACGAGGAAAAUCGGCGUUAUAGCCAGUGGCUUAAGGAUCAGGAACACGUGCGGCAACCCUCA